AUGGCAGACCAUACCUCGGGGUCACCGAAUCCGGCAGAAGCACCAUCAUCGCCCACCGUAGUCUCACCGCCGCAACAGACAGAUAUCAUCGCUGCGAAUGAUGAGCAUGACAACGAAAAUGAUGACGAUGCCGAUUCCACUCUUGGUACAGACGCAGAAAGCUCGACUGCUUCAGUCUCGGCCAGUAUCCUCGAAUAUCGUCGCAGUCAAGGGCGCACGUAUCACAGCGAUAAAUUCACGACCAACUACUUUUUGCCCAACGACGAUCAGCAGCUAGAGUCCGUGGACUUGACUCACCACUAUUUGACAAUCUUACUCGAUGAUAAGCUGUUUCUGCCUCCCUUAAAAACAGGCGAUAUCAAAAAAGUGCUUGACGUAGGCACUGGAACUGGUAUCUGGGCCAUUGAAUUCGCUGACCGUCAUCCGAAUAUCGAGAUUGUGGGUACCGACCUCUCCCCAUGUCAACCGGAAUGGGUUCCACCAAACGUUCGCUUCGAAAUAGACGACGCAGCCCUUAGUUGGACAUGGGAAGAUGAUGAGUUCGAUUUCAUUCAUAUCCGUUACAUCUUCGGUGCUAUCAAAGACUGGUCUGCCCUGUUUUCUGAGGCUUACCGCUGCUGUGUCCCUGGAGGCUGGGUUCAAUCCGCUGAAGCUGAUGUCGAGUUUCGUUGCGAUGAUGGCACCAUCGACAAAGAGCCAAACCUCAAGAUAUAUAAGAAGCUGUUUGAAGAAGGAGGAAAGAUCCUCGGAAAUCCCUUCUUUGUCUAUGACCAACAGGUUCAAGGGUUCAAUGACGCUGGCUUUGAGGACAUCACAACUGUUGACUACAAGAUUCCCGUCGGAGAUUGGCCAAAGGAUCCCAAGCUCGCCGAGGUUGGAAGAUUUGUUCGCGCUUGUUUAGAAAAUGAUAUUGAAGGAUAUACUACUAUGAUGUGGAACGACGUACUUAAGUGGCCCAAGGACGAAUACCAGCUGUUCCUGAUGAGUAUUCGCAAAGCUAUUAGGAAUCCCAAGAUCCAUACAUACAUGAAGGUUCGAUACGUAUACGGACGCAAGCCACCAUCACAGUAG